UUCCACCCCUUUCUCCCCCUUCUCCCCUUUCUCCCCUUUCUCCCCCUUCUCCCCUUUCUCCCCCUUCUCCCGCUUCACCCCCUUCUCACCCUUCUCACCCUUCUCCCCCUUCUCCCGCUUCUCCCCCUUCUCCCCCUUCUCCCCCUUCUCCCCUUCUCCCCCUUCUCCCCCUUCCCCCCCUUCUCCCCUUUUUCCCCGUCCACCCUCUCCACCUCUUUUCUUUCCUCCCCCCUUUUUCCCCUUCCCCUCCCUUCCGCACCUCCUCCCCGCCCCCCUGUCACCAGAGCAACAGCAGGAGGCGGACUGGGCGUGUUUGUUUGCGCCCGUCACAUCAUCCGCAUGUGCGGCAUCAGCAGCUGCACGGGUGCCGGCCAAGUGCACGGGCAGUGCGGACGUGGAGGGCGCAGCCAAGGGGGCGGAUGACGUGGUGUGUGCGGGGGAGGGCGCGGAUGGGGAUGCACUGCUCAACCACGUGGACGUCAGGUGGGUGGGGGGGACAGGGGGAGACGGAGGGGAGGGGCAGGACGCGUGGGGGGUGAGGGCAGGGGAGGGAGGGAAGGACGAGGACCACGACCGAUGGGGCAACCCUCACAAGGAGGGUGCUUACUCGCUGCUGGAGAAUGGUGAAGCCACAAGCGUGAACGACACACAGCUCAAGGUGCACUGCUCACCACCUUCACCACAUACAGCACCACAUGUCCGAACCCAUGCACCUACUCUUCCCACUCCCCUUCAACUCACCUGUUUCCACUGCCAUCAGCCCUUCAACUCGUCUCUCAACCUCCUGCCAUACCGCUCUCGUUUUCCCAUGCCUUCCCCCUCCCGGGCACCAACCGGCCAUCAGGCGAACUGGUGGCGUGCACAGGCAGUGCGCUUCCUGCUGCGCUGGCCCUCCUUACACCUGUGCCACGUGGGCAACAUGCAGCGCCAUGCGGCGUUGGGCAUGCAUGCGGCGGCCCGCCUUGCAAUCUUCAGGGGGGACCAAGCCAACCUGCUGCACUCCGUCUCUGCCAGGGCCGCUGCUGCUGCUGCUGCCAAGGUAGGGGGAGGGGACCCUGCACAGGCUUACUUCAACAUGAGCCGCGAGGCAGAGGAGAUGCGCCGUGUGAUUGAAUCCAAGGGUCCAGAUCUGCGGAGUGAGGUGUGGCUGGCAGCUGAUCAGCAUAUCCCUCUGAGCAACUUUACAUGUGCAGUUGCCACUGCUGCUGCUGCUGCUGCUGCUGCUGCAAAUGAUACCACCGCUGCUUCUCCUGCCGACGCUGCUGCUGCUGCUGUCGCUGCCGCUGCUGCUGCAGCUGCAGCUGCCGCUGCUUCUGCGGCUGCCGCUGCUUCUGCGGCUGCCGCUGCUUCUGCGGCUGCUGCUCCUGCUCCUGCUCCUGCUCCUGCCUCUGCGCCUGCGCCAGCACCUGCUGCUGAGGUGCCUAGAGUGAACGAAUUAUACGAGAAGGAUUUGUUGCAGCUUGCAGCAGAGCCAUACAUGGUUCGACCAAUCACAGGCGUCCACAUGGCUAGUGCCUCGUUAGGCUUAUUGAAUGGCAGUGGUGCUGGAGGUGGAACAGCAGGCGUGGAUGAGGCAUCAGCAGUGAGUGGAGUGUUCAUGUUCCAUGUGAAUCGAAUGAGGCGCUACUCCCUUGACAUGCGCCAUGUCUGGAUGGACACCGACUCACAGCCAUUCUUUGAUGCAGUGCUCUCAUUCUCUGACUUCACAAUCCUGCACUCGCGGGAGCACCAGCAGUCUGCAUCAGCUGGUGGUGGCAACAAAGGUGGGGAGCUGACAGCAGCGCACCACCUGGCGCACCUCAUCAUGUCGUCACACUGUGACCGCUUCGUUGGCUCGCUCUCUUCUCGCUGGACCCAGCUUAUACACGACCUCAGGUGCACCAAUGGACGAGCAUUUGCAGGAGAUGUUGCUGUUUCCUUGGAUUGA